GGUUGGCUUUAUUCCCUUUAUUUCUUUUCAUUGUUCUAGAUUAACAGAGGACUUACUAUUUGUGGUUGUCAUCUCUUGCUGCUGCUUUACACUACUUCUAUGAAUUAAAGCCUUUGAGGUGGUCUGCUUGAGGUUUCUUUCUACCGAGAUUAAUGGGAGCAGGAAGAACAGGAAAGGAAACAUAAAGAGGAGCAACAGAAAGCAGAACAGUUUGAAAAAAUGACAGAGGAGAGACGCAAGAAAGAAAUUCUCUUAGCAAGGAUGCAAGAGAUUGACCAUGAGACCAAUGCAGACUCCUUGUUUUCUGACUUGCACAGCAAAAACACUUCAUACGUGUUUUCCACAGAAAUACUCAGCAGGUAUGAUGACUCACCGGAUAUAACACAGAAAACUAGCAUAUUCCCUCAGUCUGUGGAGAAUGUGUACAGUGGAUUGGCGCCCUAUGAUACUAUUGUGCACACCGAGGGGUAUGGUCGCAGGGGUAUUCGAACCACAGAUUCUAAUGACAAUCUCAGCUUUGGCAUUUAUGCGCCCUCUUUCGGGAAAGGAACUGGGCGGACUAGUCUGGCAAGUCAGAAGAGCAACAUCGUAAAAGGGCAAAUUAAUGAUUAUUAUGACCUUAAUGUGAAAAAAGACAAAAAGUCUAAUCUAAUGGAACAGCUGUUUGGUUCUGGUGUCCACAAUAGUGCCACCUCCAAAGAUGAAGAUUUGUUCAUUUCUCCUCCUGUAAACAAACCCAAUCGAGAUAACAAUCUUUUCCCCUGGGAAAAAACAGACCUGUCCACAGCCAGAGAGAAUAAUGAUGAUCCGUUCUCUGACACCAGUGUCUUUAAUACCAGUCGUAAUCGCUCAAAAUACACCUCACUGAAGCCAGCAGUAAAAGCAAUUGAUUCAUUAGAGGAUGAAGUGGAAGAGGUGGUAUUGUGAAAAGGGUUUUUAAUUCUGACAUUGCUCACAAUCAAGAGCAACAUUUCUUCCCAUGAAAAUAAAUUAUAAUUGAUUUAAGAAAUUCUUAAGUUACUCAAAAUAUUCACACAAAGUUUUUGACAAGUUCAGAAUAAACACCCAUUGAUUAAUUUUGUAAUAUUGUGUGUUGGACAGACGCAAAACCCAAAUUCUGGUCAUUGUUCCAUAAAUUUAAAAUAUCCACCCCUAGUCAGCCCAUAUUUCUCAAAUCAAAUUAAUGAUUGAUAUUUAGGGGUCCUUUCCCACAUUGUGGGUCUUGACUCACUUACAUGUUGUAAAAUUGCUCUGUACACACCUUGUGGUUGUAAUGCAUGGAAAAUAACAGCACACUUCCAAAAUAGUUACCACCCUCUUAUUGAUGUAAUAUUCUUCAUAUAGACUGUUGUUGUAAGUACAAGAUCCACACAGAAGAUUUAAUCAUAAUGUAUGUGUAUAUAUGUAUACAGUAUACAGUAUAUCUAUAUUGUAAAUCAAAUGGUGUAUUUUAAUACUUUAUGAAAUGAUGAAACAUUUGAAAACUUGUUAAAGUCAACAAUACAGUUUAACAAGCACUACAACGCGCUACCCUGCGUGAAGAGCGGAAUAUCAAUGCAAGUUGUUGUAAUAAAAACCCAUUACUAGAUGGGACUCAAUUUGGCAAAGAAAAUACACUUCAAUGUAUUUACAACUUUAAAAUGAUCCACUUGACAUUGCUUGAUUUAGUGCACAUCACAAAGAGGUUGUUUCCUGGAACUACGAAUAUCUUGAUGUGUGAGCUACUGUUAUUUGAACCCAGAUUUUAUACUGAAACAGAGAGAAGGAUCUUGAUUUAUCUAUAACUUUAAAUCAUGCUCUGUAAAGCUUCUCAUCAAGGUGGCAAACUGAGGAUUUGUUAACAAAAUAUCUGUUUUUCUUUUCAAAAGAAACAUUAGGUUUUCUUAGAACAAUUACCAGUAAAUGUGAAUGAUCACUAGAUAAAAUGUUCUUCAUUUUAUUCUAUGUUUUAAUCAUCAAUAAGCAUAUUUCUAAAUAGUCAGUUUAACAGCACUCUUUUCAUUAGGACUAUCUAAUAGACAUCACUUUAUUAGCACUUAAAAAUACACUACUUCAAAACUACAAGCCUAAUAAUAAUAAUUAUUGUAUGUAUUAACUGGUGCACAAUUUUCAGAAAGCUUAUUUAUUGCCACAUUGUGUUUUUAUACUUUUGAAAACAGUUUUAAAUAUAAAUUUUCUCAUUUCAUUUUUCGUACCUCAAUAGUAAUGUUGCACAUUAAGUGUAAUGAUCUCAAAAAUAAAUGUUAACUGUGGA